AUGACCAGUACACCACCCCCGCCGGCAUACACUGCCUUCCCUCAUCAAGGGGAAGAAGAAGGGGAGACACAACCACCACCCUACAACCCCAUCACCCCAAGAUCCCUCUCUCCUCAAUCCUCCAUCGACCAACUACGAUCUCGCGCGGAGACUCUCACAGCCCGCAUGCAGGAUCUCACAGCUUGCAUGAGAUCUGAGCUUAAUAACAGGAGCCGUCUCACCAGCGAGCGAGCUGAACAACCCAACAACAACGACAAUAACGACGACCAAACAAUAGACCUGGAGUCCGGUCUCCAUCGUCCCUCUCAAGACUCCUCCACCCCAAAUUGGCCCUUGCCCUCCCCACCGCGCCCCGUCUCCCCAGCACUCACCAACUUCACAACCACGGUCCGCCACGCAGGUCGUUUCCACACCCCAAUCCCCUCAGCACAACUAUCCCCCCUCCCAACUGACCCCCUACCACGCACCCAGCGGGACACUACCACCAACAGCCGCCGCAACCGCAACAGCAACGGGAACAGCAACGGCAGAACCUCAAAGCUCCAACACUGCGGCGUCAGCGCCAUCCUCCUCUGCACCAUCAUCGCCCUUGCGCUCAUCGCCCUUUGCAUCUACGGCGUGGCGUCGGGAAACGACGACAACGACGGUGGCGACGCGUCGAAGAGUGAUGGUGCUGGUACGCCUGAGGAGUCACCGUAUGCGUGGAAGAUUACGCUGAUUUGAUGGGAGAUGGCGGCUUUGGCGGUGUUGGCGGUCUUUUAUGUUUCUGCGUUUGUGAUGUUUUUCAGGGGAUGAUUUGUAGGUGGGUGGUGUCUUGG